ACACCGCGGAACUUACUUCUGAGAAAACAGGCAUAGGAUUGAACUGCCAAUGAACUCAGCGAGGUUAUCCACCACUCUAGGAAAUAUUGGGGCUGGACUAUUUUUUAGGCAUUUAACCAAUACAAUUACUUGAUUUGUGGCUCCACACACCAGAUUGGUGUUCUGUGAGCCCCCUGGAGAACCCACAUCAAGGAAUAGUGCAGUAGUACGGUUGUGUAAUUGUGCUUUUCUCUUUCUCCACAUAGUCCAAUAUUGAAACGAAGUCCUGAUAUCACCAAAUCACCACUUACAAAGUCAGAGCAACUUCUGAGAAUAGAUGACCAUGACUUCAGCAUGCGGCCAGGUUUUGGAGGUAUGACAUGUAAACUUCUGUUGAUAAUCUCUUUUCCUCUCUGUGUUUUCUUAAAAACACCUCUUAGUGAUUUUCUUAAAUAAAAGAAGUCUAUAGGAAUAGUCAAUAUCUACAGGUAAAGGUAUUCCCUUGCUUUAACCCUGAAGUUUAGCUUUCAUGCACUCCCCUCAGGAGUGGCACGUCCUACUUUGCCGCCUGAGGCAAAACAGGAAGGUGUCAUUCCGCAUCACCAAAGCCUCCCUUACCUGGGUCAUGUGGCAGCAGCAGUGAUGGCGGGUUCUGGCAAGAUCACAUGGAGUGCACAGGAUCUUGUGAGAUCUCCCUGGAAGCUAGUGCCCCUGCCUCUUCUCUGCCAGGGGUGGAGAAAGCAGGAAGGGUAGGCCGCCUCUUGGCAUUCUGCCACCUGAGGUGCUGCCUCAGCCAACCUCAUGAGUAGGUCGGCCCUGACUACCCUCACAGAGUCACUGUGCAUUUAGUUAACGCCAGGGCAGGCGGAAAUAUACGGUAAUAAGUGCAGCUUCCUCUAUUGCUGCAUCCUGAUGCUGAGAAGAGCUGUGUACAUUGAAUUCCUGCCUGCCAUUAAGCUGUUAAAGCCGGGGUGGAGAACCUGUGGCUGUCCAUAUGUUGUCAGGUUACAGUUCCCAUCACUCCCUGCUUCAUUGACCAUACUAGGGCAUGAUGGGAAUUGGAGUCCAAUAGCACCUGGAGUACCACAGGCUCCUCCCCCUUGUGUUAAGGAUGAAACCAGAUGGUCGCAGAGGCUGGGGGGGAAAUGUGACAAGCAGCUGAUGUGGCUUGUUUGCUUGAGUGAAGUGGUUAUAUUUUGAUAAAACUCAAAUAAUAUAUUUUUUUAGGAGAGCGAAUCAGUGCCCUCCCCUGCUAAUCCCAGAUGUGGGAGGAAAAGGGUAUUUUGAGGGCAAUAGGGAAGAGUAUUUUCUGUGGCACUUUUUCUUAUUUCCGUAUUGAAGGGCUCAGCUCUGGUUUUUAAAACAGGUUCAGACGCCUGACUGAAAUUAAGCCACAAAUAUGUCUGUGACCUUAUUUAGCUCAGUAAACGCUCCUGUUACGCUAAAGUGCCUUCAGUUUGGCUCUAUCAUAUUCCUCAUAUAAGAACAUAAGAACUGCCCUUUGCUUGAGGGUUAUUACGAAUGGUGGUUUAAAUGUGACAUUUAUUUGGCUUUGCUUGCUAGUUCGUCUCUCUUAACUGAUGGGCAGCUGCCUUUUUGAAAAGCUUAGGAACAAUGAGCUUUUGUUUGUUUCUGCAGCAUAUCUCUUGCAAGCUUAUUGGGCUAUCUGAAUUGACAGAGAAUAUUUUUUUAAGUACAAUGUUAUGUGCAGAUAAGUACAAUUCCCUCAUAAACUUAAAUUAUAAAUGGAAGCCUUAGAACCCCUCCAGACUGGUAUUUUAUUGUGGAUGUAUUCUGUGGCACAUGUUGGAUUAAAUCCACUUUCUUUGUGCUUUCUUUCCCCAAUGCUAUUAUAUUAUCGCUGUCUGAAAGAGCCACAGUGCGGCAGAAACAGGACAACCCUCUACCCCACCAUAACAUUUGUUACACAAACACCAGGAAGUUGCAGGAUAAGCAUUUAUUUGAAAUGAAGACCAGAAGCGUGACUGGCAAAAUACACUUUGACGGGAGGAGUGUUUGAGGAAUAGAGCAGAGUAUACUGAGUAUACAAAAACAGAAUCCUGAGAAUACAAAAAAAUAGGCAUGCCUGUUCUAAAAAUGGAUAUGCCUUCUAUUAAAAAUAAAUUUCAUGGUAUUAAGCUGAACCUUACUACCUGGUUGGGUCGUAUUUCUCUGCAGAUGGCAGUGAAAUCCCAAGGCUUUAUUUCACAGCAACUGUGUCUGUACGUGCACAAUCGUUUAUUUUAGAGGUGAGGAACUUCAGGCCUUGGGGCCAAAUGCAGCCCUGUAAGCCUUACCUAUCUGGCCUUUGGGAGUUGCCUAACGCCCCACUCCCUCCUCAGGCCCCACCUCUCAGCUGCCCGGCUUCAUACCCUUCUCGAGUGUUUUUGCCUGGCUGGAAUGUGCCUUUGAAGACUGAUAAUGCCUCUUGGCUGCCUGGAUGGAGAACCCAGAGGGGCCUGUGGGUGUUUGCAGAAACUAGCCUACUGUACAAGAGUAAAAUUUACAUUUCUUGCUCCACCCACUUUUAUCUCCAGCCCUGCUCACCACCACCAUGUGGCCCCUUGAAUGUUGCCCAGAAGGGAAUAAAACCAUCAAAUUGAAAAUGGUUCUCCGGCCGUAAUAUGUAUAAUAGAUCAUCAACUAAUGCACCAUUUUGCUGAUCUAGCAUUUUCACUACAGAAAGAAUAUUUUAGAUUGCUCCAGGUUAAUGUUUUACUUCCAGCAUUGUGGUUGCGUGCUAUACAAAAUCCAAGCUUUUAGGACAGAGGAUUAGGAAAACAUGCUUUCUUAUGCCCCACCAGAUUAAAGAAUGUUGUAAUUUAUCUACCCUUUCCUGGCUGACAGAUGGUCAUUCAAAUCCAAACUACCGGUACUAUUUUACCCCUUGAUGAGGGAAGCUUAUUGUUACUACAUGCGCAAUAUGCACAAUACAAGUUCAAUUAGUUGUAAAAGGCUGGGGGGGGUUUGUUGGUUUUUUUUGUCCAGCACUGUUCAUGAACAACCUUUAUGCUUUUAGCAAAUCUCAUGUUCUAUAAUUGCAUUAUUAACUCAUGUAGGAGGAUUUAUGUAUGCAUUUUACUAAGAUAAUCUUUGCUGAAAUUGAAAUUCUAAUAUUUAUCUCCUAAGUAUAAAAAGUGGAAAGUGGUACACCUAUUUGGCUGAGUUCAAACAAGUGUGUCUGCAACAUCAUGACUGUACAAAGUGCCAAAUGUCUCAAACCAUGUUUUCGUAUUCUCCUUGCUUCUCCUUGAACAUGGAACUUAUUGACGGAGGCAGACAGGUGGUUAUAGCACCUGGGGAAGGACUGUAGCUCAAUGGUAGAGCAUCUGCUUAGGAUGCAGAAGGUUCCAUGUGCAAUCUCAGCCAUCUCCAGGUAGAGCUGGGAGAAUUUUUUUUGUCUAACAUCCUGGAGAGCCACAGCUAUGUAGACAGUACGGAGCUAGAUGGACCAUCGGUUUGAUUUUGUAUAAGGCAGCUUCCUAUGUUCCUAACUGAGAGCUAAGUAAUGAACCUGCAUGUGUGAAUCAGCCAUAAGUGUUUUGCGUAUAUAUCAAUAUCAUUAUCAUUUUUGAUGUCCUGGCUUUUUAGAUAUUGGUCUGCCCAUGGGGACCCCCAGUGCUUCUUACUUUGUGAGUAGGGGUGUCACAUUCAAUCGUCAUCCUCUCUUGCUGGAGGAGUAAACGAUAAGCCUCCUGUGUGUUGCUUUCACUGCGAGAAUCAGGCUCUCCCACCUCUCUAAUUAGUUAAGGAAAAACACAAUGCAUAGUUUACCUGCUCCAUAUUAAACCAGCCUUUGCCAACCUGGUAUUCUUCCGAUGUUUUUGACUACAUAUCCCAUCAGCCCCAGCCAGCAUUGCAGUGUAGUCUAAAACAUCUGAAGACCUCUGGUCUUUGAAGGCCUCUAGUUUGCCUGGGAACCAGCCCAGAGGUGCAAAUGGCCUGUGAUCUCACCUAGCAACUGUGUGCUUCUCUUUAAUGUUAAUGUUUCGUUGUUAGAAGGUUCAGCUCACCCCUAAGUUACUUCUUGGCAGCUAAUGACAAAUAACCCAGGUAUGAUUUGGAGUCCUUUGCUGUGCAGUAACUGCCUGUGUCCUUAGACAUGGCAGCCAGCAAACCAUUUUGCAUGCUUGCCUUCUUUGUGAGAGCCCUACUGCAAAUUACUUCUUCAUAUGUUCUCUUUUAAAAACAUAUAAACAAUUCUGAUGCGUUGCAUUCUGUGUUUCUUAUAGGCCCUGCCAUUCCUGUUGGAGUAGAUGUACAAGUUGAAAGCUUGGACAGUAUUUCAGAGGUUGACAUGGUAAGUGUCAUGCCCAUGUUUGAAUGGUUGUUCUUUCUGAACAAGAGGUUUUAUGGAAUGGGCUGCUCUGAAAAACAGACAUCACGUUAGGAGUGGGAAAAGAGAUUACUGAGUGGAAAACACUUAGGCUGCAUGCACACCACACACUUUAACCACUUUUUUUCCUCCAAAGAAUCCUGGUAACUGACCUACAAUUCCCAGCACUCUUAACAAACUAUAGUUUCCAGGAUUCUUGGGGGAGGGAGCACCAUGACUGUUAGAUUGGUUUAAGAAUGCUUUAAAUGUAUGGUUUGGGUAUGACCUAAGACAUGGAUUUGUACAUUAGUUUCAAAUCCAGUCCAAUAUUCCAAUGGCAAAAAUGUAUUUAAGACAGCACAUCUUUAACUAUGGAACGGGGGCAGCCAAACACUUGUAGGAUGUCUUUGCCAUUCUACCUGAAUCUUACAAUUGCAAUGUAAAACUUAUUUCCUUUAUUACAUUGGACUAAGAAAUAUUUAUGGAUUAAAAAAUAGUAAUGUGAUUUAUCCUGCCAACCUAGCAGUUUGAAAGCACGUCAAAGUGCAAGUAGAUAAAUAGGUACCGCUUCGGCGGGAAGGUAAAUGGUGUUUCCGUGCAUUGCUCUGAUUUCGCCAGAAGCGGCUUAGUCAUGCUGGCCACAUGACCUGGAAAAACUGUCUGUGGACAAACGUCAGCUCCCUCGGUCAGUAAAGCGAGAUGAGCGCUGCAACCCCAGAGUCGUUUGCGACUGGACUUCACUGUCAGGGGUCCUUUUCCUUUACCUUUUUAAUGUGAAUUAAUUUUUCCUUGUCUCAAUUUCUGGCUUUUGCUAGGACUUCACCAUGACACUUUACCUUAGACAUUACUGGAAAGAUGAAAGGCUAUCGUUUCCAAGUACCAACAACCAAAGCAUGACCUUUGAUGGCAGACUAGUGAAAAAGAUCUGGGUGCCGGAUAUGUUCUUUGUGCAUUCCAAACGAUCCUUUAUCCAUGACACCACCACAGAUAACGUCAUGCUCCGGGUCCAGCCAGAUGGGAAGGUGCUUUACAGCUUGAGGUAAGGUGAAAUCCACAAAAAUGCUUGGUUGAGCUUCUGCAAGUAUGCUGACUUCAUUUCUUAUACAGCUGUGUGCAUGAAUUCUCAGUGGGUGUAACCCAGAUCAAGACGUAUCACAAGUGUGUGCCACUAACAUUAUCCAAGUUCAGAAUAACAGAUGACUUUGUGUAUGUGGAGUCAUCUGGUGGACGGAGCCAUUGUCAGCUUCAGAUUUAGAGGGGCCCUUGAGAACGAUGCUCUCGGGGGACCCUCUCCUUUGCCACGGCCAUCACUGCCCAUUCCCUUGGGUCUCCCUCUGGGCCCACUCUUCACACCGCCCAAAAUGAGAUGCUGCUGUUCCUUCUCUUUUGCAUUUGUCACUGCUUGCAGAUUUAGCAAUAGCAACAGCAAGGAGGAGAAGCAGGGCAAGGGUCCUCCAGAGCUCAGCAGUGGACCUUAUGCUGGAAUGUCAGGGGUUAGAUUCACUCGAGAUAAGUAAGCAUAAUGUUUGUUAUCAGUCAAUUUCACAACUUUUAACAAAAGUCAAGAAUGGCAAAGGUCUCCUGACAGUGUUGUCUGGGUGUUGUCCUGCUUUGGGGAUUCACAUGUGCCAAGUUUGGUUUGUGUAAGGCAACCCUUUUUUGCUCCUAAGUCAGCAGGGUACCUCCCACCACAAAUCUGGUUCACUUCUUUUCAGUGCAAGCCAGACCUGUUAAUUCAGAAGUAAGACCCCAUGAGUCAACACAGCCUACCUUGUGCAUGUUGAAUGAGACGUACUUCCUCUGAAUCACUGGGACAUCUAGGCAGAAGCACCAGCUUCUCCAAAUGAUUGAGGGGGCCCGAAGCAACAUCUUGAUGUCACACACAUCAUACAAUGUCCUGACGUCGUGCAUAGGGCCCUCUGAAUAUUGAGUGGGCCCCACCCUCUCAAAAAAGAGAUAGGGGUCCCCACAGUGCCUUGGUCCCCAGGAGCUGGCGCCCCUGCUCCUAGGUAUGUGUGCAGAGGACUAUAGCCUUAGGAAGUGAGCCUAGUUGAAUGCAAAGGAAUUACUUCUCCAUAUAUAAAGAAUUGUACGGACUUGAAACAUGUGAAAGUGUUACGAACUAGGCAUGCAUCUAACGUGCAUUAUUCCUGCUUUGUGUUUUCUUUUUAAAAUAUGUGGCUUUUUAAUCAUGUAAAAGGAAGGCAUUUUAAAUAUGCUUAUUCUGUUUCUAGGGUUACUGUAACAGCUAUGUGUAACAUGGAUUUUAGUCGCUUUCCCCUUGACACACAAACGUGUUCACUGGAAAUUGAAAGCUGUAAGUAAACGGGAUCUCUGAAGAAGGCCGAAUGCUGAUGCCUCACAUUUUGUUUCAAAAUAGGGGUUGUGUGCUUUUAUUCUGAAAGGGUGUUCCUGUGCUUUCCAUAGCUGUGUGCUGGAGAAAUUAUGCAACCUCAGCAUGAGUGCUGUGCGCGCAUAAUUGGUACUGCUGCCCUAAGAAGAGUGAGCACAGCUCACAAUGAAUUGUCCAACAAUUCUUUUUUCUUUUGCUUACAAAGAUAUAGGAACAAACACCCUGCUUCUUCUCUGUGACUACUUUAAUUUCAGUAAAGCCCUCUUGCAAAAGGAGACCGAGUACAAACUCCCUCCUCUAUUGCCCCUGCUAGUCAUGGCCCUUGCAGGUCUGUGACUAGAUUGGAUGACGAGGGCCUAAAAUAGACUAGAUUGGAUGAUGAGGGCCUAAAAUAAUAAUUAUAUUGGUUUGUUUUUUUAAAAAAAUGUUGCUUAUACUCCAGCAAACAAUCUACAGACAGUACAGUGUCCCUUGUUUUCUUAUCUCUUGUUGUGGCUAAUUACUGGGUUCGUAAAGCAUUGUGCAAAAAAAGUAGUAAGUAAAAUUAUUAAUGUAAAAAUUUGUAAAUUAACAGCUGCCCACCUUUUGCUUUCACUUGAUUAAAAAAGAAGUGGAUGAUAUUUUCAGAGGUGAAACUGGGAAUUGCGGAGAAGCAGAGGCAAUACAUGUCCUCCACCCCCCAACAUUGAUGUUAAAGAGUCUGCUCUCAGGUCCUUUCCUUAUUCUCAUAUAUGUCAACAGCAGCUAUUCACUUAAAUGAGAGAAAAGUAAAUAAGAGCUCAUAUUAAAUAGAAAAUAAAAUCCUGUCACUGGACUAUAUGGUGUAUAUCUGUUGACAGUAAGAUAGCAUUCGGUACGCGACUUAGGCCACAGUGCCAACUGGCUUCAUUACAAUAAAUGAGUUAAUAUUUCCUCCCUCUCUAGAUGCUUACACUGAAGAUGAUCUCAUGCUGUACUGGAAGAAUGGCAACGACUCCCUGAAAACAGAUGAGAGGAUAUCGCUAUCCCAGUUCCUCAUACAAGAGUUUCACACUACCACCAAACUUGCCUUUUAUAGCAGCACAGGUGAGUGAAUUUUGACAAUAAAGCCUGGACAAGGCUCAAUUAUUAUCGAUUUUUAUGGAAAUAGGUUUGAUCGCAACUUGGAGAAACUGUCUUUGGACUUGCCAGAGAGGCUGUGGCAUCAUGUCACACGUUGUCUUCCCUGCAAAGGGCUCGGCAGCCGAUGCCAGAUUGUGCUGCUGAACCCCAAAUUUGGGUUUAUGCACAAUGCUGUAACCCAGUAUCUUUGGUAUGGGGUUAAUUCAAAGAGCUUAUUAUUAACAGGGUGAUAAUCUCAUCCUGUAGCAACUGCUUUUCGAAAAGGCUGUUUAGAAAGGAGUUGCUGUACAGUAAAAGCUUCAAAGUACUAUUGCUACCAAGUGAUGAUUACCACCACCAUGCAAACAACAUGGUAGUCAUCUUUGGGGACUGCUGUUUUGAAGUCUCUGUUAUUGAGGAGUACAUCUAAGGUGUGCAAAACGUUUGGAUAGUUGUAGUUAUACGAGGUCAGCACCCUUCAUAAACUACAGUUCCCAGGAUUUUUGGGGAAAAUGCAAUGACUGUUAAAGUGGUACAAGAUCACUUUAAAUGUACGGUGUGGAUGUGGGCUUUUGUGAUUGACUUCUACCUUCUUUGUCUCCUGUAGGCUGGUACAACCGCCUCUACAUCAACUUCACUUUACGCCGGCAUAUCUUCUUCUUCUUACUCCAGACCUAUUUCCCUGCCACUCUGAUGGUCAUGCUGUCCUGGGUGUCCUUUUGGAUAGACCGCAGAGCUGUGCCUGCAAGAGUUCCCUUAGGUAAACAAACCAAACCUCGCUGUGUCUGACCUGCUCUUUUUAUAGCAAUGCCAAUCCAGGAGGGUCUCUCUGAACAGCAGGUGACGUUGCAAUGUCUGAGACUGUUUCUCACUCCCUUCUCCUAUUUGCUGGGGGAGUAUUAGCUGGCCAUGGGGGUCUAUGGCAGGUGGAGGCCUGGAUGCAUCCACAUUCAUGGAUGGCACUGUAGAAAUAGGCUAAGAAUUGCUUAUGUAUUAGUCACUUUUCUGAGCUAAAUGCUCAGAAAGCAAUGUAAAAUAGAGAAAUAAUAUCAGUAAUAUUUGCAGAGUAUGAAGCAUUGAGUGGAAAAUUAUAUUUUAACAUUUCAGUGGCUCCAUCGGUAGGCAUAGCUGUGAUUAUCUUCUCUGAUUAUUAUUUAUUAAAUUUGCAUUUGGAUCUCCUAGUUCUCUCUUCCCUUCCCAAUUCAUUGCUUCUGAUGUUACAGUUGUAUUAUCUAGCCUACACAGAGUCCAAUGAAUUCAUGCCCAUUAGGAAAUAGGCAGGGGUUUAUGGUGUAGUAUCUUGAGAGAGUUUGAGUAGUGUAUAUUUGCAGCACUGCAUGUGACAUCAUAGACUCCAAAGGAGACGGUAUUAGCUCCUGGACCUUUUGCUCUUUCUCUCACAAAGCAGGAUUCUGUUAAAGCCCAAGCAGGGAAAUCUUUCUUUGCUGACGUACGUAAAUGAUGAAAAGUCUUCACUCAAAGGGAUAGGAUAUAAAGUGGUCACUGCACUCACACUUUCAGCAGUGAUUAAACUGCAUAUGCAAAGCUAUUUGGUUCUGACCAAUAUUAAUUGAUUGGUAAUGAAUACAGGGUUGUGGCCCCUGGCUAAGAGGUAAUUAUGCACUACUGUGACUUCAGAUUGUCACAUUUUGUGGUCAUCCUUCUUGUUGUGCAUCACCGCUAUUUUGAUCCAUAACUUAAAUAUGUAGGAAUGUCCUGUACUUUAGAUAAUUAUUUAUACUUUUCAAAUGGAAUGCGGAAGUGGCACAGAAUGUAAUCAUAGCUUAGAUUUAAAACGUGUGAAACAAACUGGAAAGUCAGAUUUAUCCAUCCUUCCUUGCGAGACUGAAUAGUUUACAGCACAAUCUGCAGAGAACUGAUUCUAAGUUAAAUGAGGCCUCUAGGUAAUUGUGCUUUGGAUUCCUGGUCUGCACUGCAAUCCAACCCAGAAGUAAACCUCAGCGCUUUCUGUUAUGUACUGAAGUUCUCACCAUGGGCCAGCAGGGGGAUAGUCUAGAUAGUUUUCACUCAGGUCCACAUAUGCAAAUAAGGGAUUGAAAGUGACAUUCAGUGAUUGGAUAGUUACAGAAAGUGGUUACUGUUGCGUUGUAGUGGAGCUCUAUAUAAGCAGACUGGCUGAACCCUUCAGCUCAGUUCUGUUCUGGCUUGUGAAUAAACAAGAGCUGUUUGAAGAAUCGUUGUGUCGUCUGAUAUGUUCCCCCACAACUUAACAUUUUCAGUGCAGUUUACUCCCUAGUGAAUAUGUUUAGGACUGCAGCCUUGGUCUAAAUCUGUGUCCAAGGGCUGUACCAUCAGCCCACAGGUCAUCCAUGCAUCAGCUCAUGCAAUCCAGCACACAAUUUGCACCAGGCCACAACCAGAGAAAGGUGACAGCAUGGAAGAUGAUAGCACACCAUUCAAAGAAGGUAGAGCAGCCCACCUCAAGCUAGCAUUUCAUUUCUUAAUGAAACACUUGGCCCUCUGUUUAGGGUAAACAAAGCCAACUUGUCACCAAAAUGACAUCUCCAAACGGAUUAUUGUAUGUCUCCAGGGAUCACGACGGUGCUGACCAUGUCUACCAUCAUCACGGGCGUCAAUGCCUCUAUGCCUCGGGUUUCCUACAUCAAAGCUGUGGACAUUUACCUCUGGGUCAGUUUUGUGUUCGUCUUCCUUUCGGUGUUAGAGUACGCAGCAGUAAACUACUUGACUACAGUGCAAGAGCGAAAGGAACGGAAGCUGCGAGACAAGGUAAAUGUAACGUCAUUUGGUGCUGUGCAGAUAAAAUGGCUGUGUACGGUGCUCCCCCCCCCCCUAGAAAAAUAGGUGCUGGUACUCACCAUGAAGUUAUUACAGUAAGUGCCACACUUUUUAACAACAAAAAAAGAGGUGUCUGUACUGCGUACCCUUGAGUACCCCCUGGAAAACCAGCACUGGCUGUGUAGAUUCUAAAGAUGAAUCAGACAGACAGACAGACACACACACACACACACACACACACACACACACAAUGGGGGUCUAACAGUAAAACUGUGUUCUACCCAAGGGUAUGUUCAAACCAGUUUUUGGUUUUUUUACUCGGGUUGGAUCUACACAUGCAACAUGAGAUGCCCAAAUAUUAACUUUUUUAAAAAAGGUAGAAAUGGUGCAGCUCACUAUGCCACCUCUGAAUGUUUCCAUGUUAAGAGCAGCCUGCUAGAUCAGGUUAAUAGCCAGCAUCCUGUUAUCACUGUGGCCGAGAUGCCUGUGGAAAGCCCCAAAACAGAACCUGACUGCAACAGCACUCUCCUCACUAGUGAUUACCAGCAGCUGGCAUUCAGAGGCAUGUUGCCUCUGACAGUGGAGGUGGAACAUAGCCAUCGUGGCUGGUAGCUGUUUAUAGAAUUUGUCUAAUCUUCUUUUAAACUCAUUCAGUUUGGUGGGCUCCCACUAGUUUUCAAUUCAUUUCCUAGUAUGGAAAUCACAUUUUUCACAGCUGUCUUGGCACAGCGAUGAACACUGCACUCACUAUAGGAAGGAUGGUCUGGAAAAACCAUUAGUUUCUUCACAUGAAUUUUAAUGCUCAUGCUAUACAGCCUACACAAGCACACUAUCUCAUAUUGGAUAGAAUGAGCCUGAAUGUGGCUUGGUUCCAUGGUGCCCUCUAUUAACAGAAAAGCACUUGCAAAAGUGGGGAGGUGCCCCAAUUUCCACCCUUUCCUCAGCUGCAUUAGAGUAUAGGGCAGUAUAUUAAUUCUAAUAAUAAUAAUAAUAAUAGAGGGUCCCAUUCUGCGAGCAUGUAUCUGUUCACCAUUUGGAAGAGCCAACUCAAAAUCUAGUAUGGUGUAUUUUCACAAAUUUACCUUUAUAUCAGCUAUCCUGGCUACUAAUAAUGCAGGAAAUCAUAGCCAGAUAAGAGAAACUGUGGUUAGAUGAGAUGAGUCCUCACCUAUGGAUUUGUGACAGAAGCAACAGCUUAAGGCUGCAUUAUUGCUCCACUCCAAUAUGUCAACUGCCAGUUUUCCCCGAGUACAACUAUCUUCCUUCUUUCCUCUACAGCUUCCUUGCACUUGUACAAUACCUCAGUCAAGGCAACUGAUGGGGAUGGAUGGCAGCUAUAGUGACGGGGAGGUGAAUGAACUGGGACAGUAUGUGUCUGAAAAUGGAGAUAAACAAGACCGAAUGAUGGUUCAGCUGGCACUUGGCUCAGAAAGGAAUUCAAGCAGGAGGAAAAACCAGAGAUACAGCAGCAUGAGGAUUGAUACACACGCCAUUGACAAGUAUUCCAGAAUAAUAUUUCCAGGUGCAUACAUUUUAUUUAACCUGAUAUACUGGUCCAUUUUUUCAUAGUUAUUUCUUUAGCCAGUUUCCAUGUGGGUGGGACAUGUGUUAACUGUAUGAAAUUAAUGUCCAUCAAGAAAAUGUGACAAUAGAGACUGUUCGAUACUCCUGUUACAUGAAAUUCACACAAUGCACUCUCCGAUUUAUUAUACUGAGACCUAAGUGGAAAUCUCUGCUGAACUGUCAGUUUCACCAGGCCUCAAAAUGGCCAUCAUGGUCAAUCAAAACAAUAAAAAGGGGGGAGAGGGAGGAAUGAAAAUUUGCAAAGUGACAAAUGCUUUUAUUUCAAAAGACAAUACGUGAUAGGCAUUUUUAAAGUACAGAAUAUUGUAACAGUGUCGCUAUGAUGGGAAGAGGAAUUUUAGAGCACAUCUGCGUUCCAAUUACAGAAAUGAUGGACCAUGUUAAUAUUUUUGUUUCAGUUUGUAAAUAUAUAUAAUAUUGUAAAAUUAUCUAUUUAAGUGUAAAUUGCAAAUCUAAACAGUGUACUGUACACUUUUACCAUCAAGACUCCUCUCAAGUAAAAACAUCUACUUUUUUGGCUUACAGGCAUGUGUGUGUGUUAUUGCUAAUCAGUCACUUGUUGAUGUCACCCUCUAAGGAAAGUCAGGGACCUACAAGGUUCUUACACCGUUUUCCUUAUCAGGAUGCCCAGUUGGUUAUAUUAGGAAUAACAUUGAUUAAACUCACUCACUUACUGAACAUUUACCCAAACUGAAUAUCCUGGGUGAGACCCAAUGUUAAUCAGAUUAGAUGCAGUGAAAUCAAUGGAUUAACUAAAUUAAAGCUGUUGGUUUCAAUGGGUCUACUCAGAGUAUGACUGCCAUUGGAUAUCAUGUCCUACAAGAGGUUCCACAGGAAUUUUCACAGAGCUACCAGGGAUGUUGCCUGUGCCUCUCUCAUAUUGAGGCAUAUUGACAUGGAAAACAGUUUCUAAAGCAGGAAUGCAAUUUAAACUAUUGUGUUUAUAAAGUAACCUUUGAUAAUACUCUAAUUAUUAAGCAAUCGAAAUUAGUCUGCAAGAGAGAUCAUAUGCAGCAUCAUAGCUUAACAAGCAGGAUCACAAAGGUCUUUUUAAAAUUUUCAUGGCCUAUGGAAUUCUUCCAGUUUAAGUAUAUAGUCUAACAGAUUUUAGUUCAGAAAUGUUAGAAAACUUUACUGUAUCUCCAAGAAAGGAUUAUCUAGGCACCUUUAUGCAAUUUUUAUAAAAACUAUGUUAAGAGAACACAGUACAGUGUUUCUGCACAUCUCAGGUGCUCAAGAGGUCCACUGUUAUAAACAAACCGAGUCGUGUGUUCAAGACUGAAAAUGAUUUUAAUACAUUACAAGCUCUUGGUGGUUUUUGCUGGAAUGAACAUCUCACUAUAAAAGCACAAGGCAAGAUUGAAAAUGGUUGGCGACACAUCUCAAGUGGUCAGUACAUUGCAGAACUCAGGACUGAGCAGGUAAGAUUUUCAAUUUGACCUUUAAACUUCAUCUGUCAAAAUGGCUAAGGCAGACAAGCAUCACUACACAAGAAGAAAGCUUAACUUCUCACUAGGCAACUAAGAAGCACCAGAAUUUCUCAGUGACAUUUAAAGGUCGAAAAAGAAGCAUGCAUUUAUUAGUUUAGCAACAUACCCAGAAAGCUUCACUGAGCUAAAUUAAUGGAAACACAUAAUUGCUAUCAUCAUCAUCAUCAUCAUCAUCGCAUACCUCAUUGCCCUUGGAAAAUGAAUGCAUCAUAGUCACAGAAGUAGCCCAAGCAGAGGGGUGGCAGUGGUGGUUGCAGCAACAGCAGUGGGACCGGCGGCAUCUCUGCUGCCGCCUCAGCUCCUUCAGGCAUGCCACUAUCCUCUGCGGUUGGCUCACUUUGCUGAGGGUGGAACGGGGAGGGUGCAUGAAGCAAACUUUGCCAGCGACCCUUUAGCCUAACUUCUAGCUCGUACACACUCAACUUUGAACCCUGUCUUUUGUCUUUCUAACUAUCCAUUUGUUAUCUGGCACAGAGCCACUUCCUUUGUUACUUUGAUGGCCCAUACUUAGAAGGCCAUAACAUCACCAGGAAUGUUGAAUCCGUGCUGGAUCCAGGAAUUAGAAGGGUUUCAGGCAAGCUGUCUCCCUACCUGGUUUGUGGGUCACCCGAUUCUGGUGCACGUCAAAUAAAUGCGCUCCCACCUCCCUCGAUCUUUCAGAUUCAGGUGGGUGGCUAGGGCAGCUCAGAAGGGCCCUCGCACAAACGUCUGUGUGUGCAACGGUAGACGCCUAGCUGGAAAGAUUAAAGUCUACUCCUGCAGCUACACAAAGGAUGGAUUGAAGAAAUAUGAAUUGACCCUGCCCCGUAGCUUGACCAAUUGCGGCUGGGCUAGGUGCAUAG